AUGCAACAAUCGAUUCAGGACCGAACGCCGUUGAAAAUCUGUGCUGCAGAUUUUGUACUUGUAAGCUUGUCGUUUCAAGCACUACAGCAAAGUGCUGCAGGGAUCCCGGCAUCUGUACCGGAUGAUGUGCCGCGCGCACCGCCAGACGUGACGUGGGGGGAUGACGACACGUUAUUGGCGCCGGUUCGAAGGUGGAAACCGGGCGACAGUACUUUCGUGCCACCUUCGGAGUUCCCUGGACUGUCAUAUUGGGUGGAGGCCCAGGGAGGGGCAGAGAGGCCGACCGGGCUUGCACGCCUUGGCGCGCCGCCUGGGAAUUGGCCCGCGACUUCACUGUCGGCAAAGCCACGCCGCGAGGCGGAUGUACAUGCUGCAGCAGCGAACGGCCUGACCGUCAAGUCGUUGUCAACGCUGUGCAUGAGAUCGUUCGCCGGCAGCCAGAUGUCUUUCCCCACGGGCUCAGCCGUCCGGCGCGCCUGCCGGUCGGGCUCCUGGACGCAGACCACGGCGGGCCUGGCCCCGGGAUACGUGCAGGCGAACUUCGCGGCCCUCCCGGCGUCCGUGGCCUUCGACUUCAUGGUCUUCUGCCACAGGAACCCGAAGCCCUGCCCCCUGCUGGACGUCACGGACCCGGGCUGCCCGGAGCCCAGGUUCGCCGCGCCGGGCGCCGACUUGCGCACCGACUUGCCGAAGUACUGCAUCCUGCGGAGUGGGGAGGAGCCCCUGGAGGCGGAGAGCGUGGUCGAUCGCUGGCGAGAGGACACGGUGGGCUUCCUGACGGGCUGCUCCUUCACCUUCGAGGCCGCCAUGGCGGACGCCGGCCUGCCGUUGCGGCACCAGGAGCAGGGCACGGUGGUGCCCAUGUACAAGACGAACAUCGCCUGCCAUCCCGCGGGGCCCUUCUCGGGGCCGAUGGUGGUGUCGAUGCGGCCGUUGGGUCGGUCGGAUGUCAUGCGAGCCGCGGAGCUCACCAGGCGGUUUCCGAAGGCGCACGGCGGGCCAGUUCACAUCGGAGAUCCGUCGUCGAUCGGGAUCACAGAUUUGGACCGCCCGGAUUUCGGGUGCAGGGCGGAGGUGAGGGAGGGGGAGGUGCCGGUGUUCUGGGCCUGCGGGGUGACGGUGCAGAUGGCCAUCCGGAACGCGGGCCUGGACCUCGCGAUCACGCACGCUCCGGGACACAUGUUCGUGGCGGACACCAAAGACGUGGACAUGCUGAUUUGA